CUACAAACUACAAACUCCUCUCGCAUACAUCAAACUUUCAAGGUUCCCUACCUUUUUACCUUAUCUUGCAUACCAAGAUCAUCGUGCUAUCCUAGGAACUUUUAUCCACUUUCACAUUUGCUUCUACUAGUCGUAGGAGUCAACAGCUGAAGAGUAUCUCUAGAUUAUCUGAGAAGACCGUCGAGAGAGGCUAACAUCUCACCUACGCAUCUUUCAUCCGCCUGAGUAGGGCAUCACUUACAAGCUUCUAGUUCUCGUCUGCCAAGUUCGCCUGCUGCUGCUGAGGACAACCCAAGAAACCAAUUGCCCGGCCAGACUGGCUUGCGCUGCGUGAGUUUCGGAAUCAAUUGAUAGCCCAUUCGGCAAACCAGGAUCUAUCGACAAUGGCCUCCCAUCCGAACUCGACUCCAACCACAAUGCUGUCCAAUCCGCCCCGAGGCGGUCUUCAGGCCCGAAAUCGACAACACAGACGACAAAACUCGACACCAACAGGCUAUGAGACGAUGAAGAUCGCGUCUAACCUGCCCAACAACAUGCAUCUCCACCACCAACAACAGCAACGAUCGCGAAUGGCCCAUCGCCGUGGAAUGAGCUUGGACACUCGACGACAACACCAACAACAACAACAUCAGAUGCAAUCACCGACAGUACCACAACGGCAGGAAUUCUCAACGGUAAGUAACGCUACUAACAAUACAGGAUCAAUCACAUCACAGCAUGUGCUGCGAGAAGCGCAGCAGCAACGCAUGCCUCGCCCGGGCCCCCAGCAAGCAUACGCGAACUUGGCAAGCGAAGACAACUACCUCAUGUCCCCUCACGGGACACCACAAACGCAAAGCUUUGAUGGACAAGGCUUCAGCAAUCUCCCAAGCCAGCAGGAAAUGCAUAUAAACUUGGGGAUGUUUAAUGGGCAGAUGGAUGCCAUUAUGAAGAAGAAUCAGGAGAGUUUCUCCACUAACAUGACAACGUCUCAGGACUUUGACCAGUUCCCGUCUAGUGCCAUGUCCACACCCACUUUCAUGAGCUUCCAGGACAGCCCUACAGGAGGUCCUGGCUGGAUUUCGGAGGGAGAGACUUCUAGCACUAGGAGGAGCUCCCGUCGAAUUAGCAAUGGAAUCAUGGACAGAGUAAAUAAAUUCGAGACUUUGGGACUUGAGAUCCAGAGACCUUUAACACCCCCUCGACAGAAUGCCACAGACUACUUCCCACUCACCCCCACCGAUACUCCGCAUGACAGGACCAUAAAGCAUGUUCAACCACCUCAACCGCAGCGAUUCUCGGAAGGUUACGACGAGUCGAUGGAAGAAACUGUCAAGCCUACGAGGCAAUCUUCGAACCGACGGUCGCGAACAACCUUUGACGAGAUGCGGCAAGCAGCCGAAGCCCAACAGGUUUCAAUGCCCAUGCCAAAUAGAACCAACACGAUGCCUCUACUAGAUGCGUUCAACCCGCCAUCAGAUCCAAUGGCAGACUUCUUGGAUAUGAACCAUAUCGGCAACAAUGGACUCAGGAUCGAUACCACUUUCGAUGGACUUCCCGCCUCAUCGCAUUCUUUCAGUGCCAGUUCGGACCUUUCCGGACAUACGACGCCUAUCACGCCACACAUGAGCGAGUUCAACGGCGCCUUUGACUACAAACCUGACAUGCGUUUACCUAACUCGGAGUCUGAUUCCCAAGCUGGCCAUGGAUCGUCUUCAACCGAGAAGCCAUCUCGCCGUGGUUCUCCUCAUCAUCAUCAUCGCCGAAACGAGUCUAUGGCUAGCAUUGCUAGCGCCGCUAGUAUUGCCAGCAUCGAUAUCGAGAAAACUAAGACGGCGACGGGAAUUACACUUGAAGAUAUUCACCAAUUCAUUCAAGGCCCCGACCCUCGGGACAAUAAGUGGACCUGCACUUUUGAAGAUUGUAACAAGAAGUUUGGCAGGAAGGAAAACAUUAAGUCCCACGUACAAACGCAUCUCAACGACCGUCAGUACAAGUGUCCAACCUGCCACAAGUGCUUUGUUCGACAGCACGACCUCAAACGGCAUGCGAAGAUACACACGGGUAUCAAGCCUUACCCUUGUGAAUGCGGCAAUAGUUUCGCUCGCCAUGACGCGCUUACUCGACACAAGCAGCGCGGAAUGUGUAUUGGGGCGUUUGAUGGUGUGGUGAGGAAGGUCGUGAAGCGUGGACGCCCACGAAAGCACCGACCUGAUAUAGAUGAGCGCAAGGACAAGUCUGCGCGUACUCGCAGGAAGAACAAGUCCACGUCGUCACUCUCGUCGCAAUCCGGCUACUCGGAUACCUCAGCAGGCAACUCGCCGGAGACUAUCGACCAGGAUUUCGGUAUGUUGGACGACAUCAUGGAUGUCUCAAUGGGAGGCACAACAAUGAAUCCGUGCUCCUUGCAAGGGAUGAGCUCGUCCUCUGCGCCGAUGCCGAGUCUCGCCGGCGAUACGCCGAUGAGCAAGCAUUCGCCAUCGACGACCAGUGUGCACUCGUACGUCUCACAGCUGUCGCACAUGUCACUCCGUCAAGAACUUGCCCCCGAUGCGAUAUCGUCACAGCCGGGGUCUCCGGCAAAGAGCGUGACUAGCCAGUUCAACGAACUUCCGGAACUUUCCAGGUCGUCAUCUCCGCCAUCCGGUGGCCGAUACUUUGACGCCGAGCCCAACUCUAGCGGCACAGAGCUUACGAUUAGCACUGGUAUCGAGACGGCAAAUAUCCCGAGUUUCGUUGGGAUGAACGAGAAUGAUGACGACAUACUGCUGCAAUUCACGAAUAACGAUUCGAUGUUGAUGCUCAACCCGGACACCAAAUUCGACGAUGCAUUCGAUGGCGUCGAUAUGUUUACCAACAACGACGACUUGUUCUUCGGCAGCAGUUAAGAUAGCACCGAAAGAUCUAAACCAGUGGCGUACUAUUUUCUUGCCCAUAUCCUCGUUUGAGGCUCGGUCUUAUUUACUCAUAUUUGGAUUUUAUUUAGAAGGAAGCAGGGCAGACCAGAUCGGGAAUCUAAUGAAACUUAUGCUUUUUGGGGUGCAGUGCCUGAUAUCGAAGGGCUCCACGCGAGCCUUCUCUCUCUCGGGUCAGGCUAAAAGUCAUGUACGAUAUCGUGUGGGAUUAUCUAUCUAGGUAUGAAGAUAGGGGGUUUCGGGCGAAAAGGGAUCUAAGGGAGGCUGGACGGUCGUUUCGGCGUUUUAGCGUCGAUGUAAAGAUGACCGUCUUUUCCGGUCUUUAAUUUGGCGGCGUUGCCUCAUAUUUCCUUCCAUAGGAUCAAAAUACCAUCGGGAUGUAGUCACAAAAUUGGGUUCUUUCAAAGUUCUUCGUAGAUUAUAGUGAUAAUAUCAAUGUCUUGUUCGCA